AUGGACGUCCCAUACAGACAGACAAUGGAUUCUGUUGAAGAUGAAUUCAUGGAUAGUCUCCGUAAGAAAGUAUCUGGUCUGAAGGAGGUCUAUUCCAGUGAGCAAUGUCAAGCCAUGCUGUUUUUCUGCCCCAUUGUUUCUCGUGCUGGAACUGACAUUGACGCUGCAAUGAAGCACCUUGAUCAAUUUCCAUGUUUAUCUGUACCAAUCAUCAUGGUGAUACUCCAUUCUACGUUUGACCCUGAGAGAAUUAUCCCAGACAGCAACAAUGCUAUACAGAGAGAGAACACACUUGCAGUGGACUGUCUGAUUUUUGAUAAUAAAUUACUGAGAUGUCAGAAGAAUGAUAAUGCAAUUGUUCAAACUGCACACCUCUUCAAAUCAAAGAAAGUGACUUCAUAUUACUGCUUGAAUUAUCAUGGAGAUCGAAAGUUAUUUAUAGACCAGAAAGCUACAAAAGUAUCAAGGUGUUACGAAGCUGGAGACGAGAGGAGAUCCAUGUGCAGCUUUAUUUAGAAUCAUCAAACAGGCAGGGGUCAGGAAACAGCAAAACAGGGAUAUCAGAGAGUGAGCGCAGAGAGUCGUCAGGUAACAGGCAGAAGAUCAGGGCAGGCAGCAAACAGGCAGAAGUCAGGAAACAAACCAGGAUCAAAACCAGAGAAACCAGAAACAGGAUAAACACUCAGAAACACUUACAAGCCGUGGCAAUGCAAUACUUCACCAAGAGUCCUUGUAUGAGUGUAGCUUAUAUAGGCAGUCUGAAAUGAGGUGCAGGUGUGUGUGUAAUCAGUCACAGGGAAGAGGCAUUAUGGAAAACGGAGUUCUGGUGGGAGUGAUCAGUUCAGAUGUGGAGUGCCCUCUGGUGAUUCUCUGGGGCACUCCAACUGGUGAUCGUCACACAGGGCUUCCUUGUAUUUUAAUUUAAUUUUUAGCAAAAAACACUUUGUUCUUUCAAAAUGAUGUGAUCUCAUUAAUUCUUUCCUCAUUGUCGUUUUUGUGCUUAUUGGACAUUUUUUAGGUUAACAGCUUUGUUGUUAUUUAAUCCCGUGCUAAUUGACACUGUCUGCCUCUCAUUUAAUGAAGAAUGAAAUUAGCAUUUUGUGAUUUUCAGCAGUAACUGUCAGCUGCUCAAAUUAUCCUAUAAAUGUCAACAACAUAUCACUACAUGUAUAGUAGACAGCAUGAUUAAAUUCAAUUUUGAAUAUAAAUUAUCAGGUAACAGGUUAUAUGAUGAUGCUUAGAAAUGUAAUUCUAUAGGAAGAAGUAGGCUAGUCUAUGCAUGAACUUCACUUUUUAAACAAGUGUUUUGUGAUUGAAUAGUUGAGGCACAAACAGUCAACAGUCAUUUUCAAAUCUGCUAAUGUUGCAUGUCAUUGUUAAAAAAACAGUCUAGCCUACAUAAACAGCUGUUUCUUGCCACUUUUCAUUCAUGUUGUUCUUUAAUUUUUCCUUUUAUUUCUGCUUUACUCAGUGGACUAUUUCAUUUCCUUGUUCUCCCACAUAUCCAUGUACUGUACCCUCAGGACUAAACAAAUUUUCUGUAGAUUUUUAAGUAUCUCAUAUAUUAAUCCUUGUCUUGUUGACUGGCCACUUAAUAAAGCUGUCAGAGAGUCUGUAUAAAUAACUGUAUUUAUUGGCUUAACUUUAAUGCAAAAAUACACUGGUAAGGUUUUUUCUUCUUCUUGCUGUCACAAUCUGUAGCACGCACGACGAGACGGCAUAUGAACUCAGAAAAGUUUUUAUUUGAUCUUCAUAACACUCAAAAACAGAGAGAAACAGGAUAAAUUGCAUGCGAGAACUGACAAGGGACAUAACAGGGAGUUUUAAAGACAAGUCAAACAUAAUGACUGACAGGUGAUAUUUAUAUGUAACCAUAGAAAACAAGGAGAUAAUAAGUAACCAAGGAAACCAAAACUAAAUGGAGCAGAGAAACAGGAACUAAGUGAAACAAAACAGAAUAUUAAAGAAUAUUAUGAUUUAUUUACUUAAUAUAAUACAAAA